AUGGUUUUGAAAGCAGCUGGCGGAUUAUUGAGGCAAGCUAUGAAUAUUGAUUCCGCAGCACAGCCGGAAGCAGGAGGAACACAGGGAAAUAAACAGAUGGGGCCAACACCAGCAGGUUCAGGCCAAUCCCAAGGCGUAAGAGGUAGAAGGAAGGCAUCUUCCAGGGGUCACCAUAGGUUCGUUGGAGUUCGUCAGAGGCCUUCAGGAAGAUGGGUGGCCGAAAUAAAGGAUUCUCUCCAGAAGGUUAGGCUUUGGCUAGGAACCUUUGACACGGCCGAGGAUGCGGCCCGUGCAUAUGAUGAUGCUGCUCGGACUCUCAGAGGUGCUAAUGCCCGCACCAACUUUGAAAUACCUCAGUCCGCAUCUAACCAUACUCGUGCAGGUGGUGGCAGCAACUGCAUGCCAGAAAAUGCCGAGCCUUUUUCAUUUGAGCAAGUGUGCGGAGCUGAAGAUCAAGCUGAGGGGCUUCUGGGUGCUCUCAAGGCCAAGCUAUCCGACGGAAAGAGCUUGCGGUUACUAACACAGCCAAACUAUUCAACCUUGCAACCCUAUGUCCCUGGGAACGUUCGAGUCUCGCUCCACAAAAAAGGCGCCAAGGCAGAGCCAUUAUCAGCAAUUCAUUCGGUUCCCCAAAGGAUUGAUAGCACUGGGACUGGGAAUCCCAAUCAAGGUUCUCAUAAUUUGGGACCCAGUAAGAAUUUUGUUCUGGAGCUCCAAGAUCAUCAUGAUCAUCAUAAUUAUAAUAACAAUCAUCGUCAUGUACUAGAUACUGGGGCGGUUAAUCAGGAUGGGAUGCAAUGGCGUAACCAGUGCCAAACCGGAUCAACUACAGGGCUGGUGUGGCCUAAUGAUCCAGCUCCUGAAGAGCCUUGGGUUUCAUCGCAGCUGAACCAUCUCCAUGAGGAAAGCGAUUUGUUCAGUAGGACAACCAUGAUCAGGACCACUGGUGGUGCAACCCAACUUUCAGGGAAAACUCAACCGAUGGUUGAUUUAUCCUACCCUGCUGUAGGUAAUAACUAUCAGCUUGGAGGAGUGUUUACAGGGAAGGAUGAGAAAGUAGGCGGCGUAAGCUUGCCAAUGGCUAUGCCUCAAAUGAAUGGAGCAACUGGAGUUGUUUGGCCCCCGGAACAGCAGUUUGUCCGCUGUCACAACAACUAUUGGGGUGGUAGUGAUAAUCUCUCCUGGGACCCUCUCCUUCAUAUGUCCUCCGGGUUGACAACACCCAACCAUUUAUCUUAACAAUCACCACACGAUCACCAUCAUUAGCCAGAUUCUUAAUUGUCUUCUUUGGUAGGUUUUAAUGACAAACUAUCCAUCUCCGAAUUAUUGGAUCAUCUGGAUUCCUUGCUUAUCCUGCAGAUCACUUGUUUUUUUUGUUUUUUUUUUUGAGGUCAAGUGUGCUAGCUCGUGCCUGUAUGAGUGUUUUUUAUGAACAGUUCCUUCCCCUUGCAAAGCUUUGACCGUGUAAUUGCCAUUCCUAUGUUCU